AUGAGUUUAAAAUUAAAUAUUCAAAGAUGAUUAUUUUCUACAAAUGCUAAGGAUAUCGCGGUUCUGUAUUUUAUUUUUGCUUUAUUUUCAGCAAUGAUUGGUACAGGAUUAUCCGCUAUAAUUAGAUUAGAAUUAGCUAACACAGGAUCACCGUUCUUACAUGGAAAUACUCAAGCAUUUAAUGUAGUGAUCACAGCUCAUGCAAUAUUAAUGAUAUUCUUCUUCGUCAUGCCAGCUUUAGUAGGAGGUUUUGGUAAUUACUUAAUGCCAUUAAUGUUAGGAGCUAGUGAUAUGGCUUUCGCUAGAUUAAACAAUAUCUCAUUCUGAUUAUUAGUACCUUCAUUAAUAUUAAUAUUAACUUCAGCUUUAGUUGAAGCUGGUGCUGGUACAGGAUGAACUGUAAAAAAAAUAUGCAGUUCUAAAAUGCCAUUCGAUGCAUGAAACACCUUUAUAAUUAUUAUUAUAAAAUGUUUAAAUUACUCAAUUGUCUUACUUAUAUGUUAUACUAUAUACGGAUAUAAUUAUAUAUCAUAUAUAGGUAUUAAAUGAUAUAAAUCAUUUAUGAGUCAAUUAGUUAAAAUAUUUAAACAUAUAGGUCAAUAUGCCUGUAUAUUAACUAAUAUACAUCAGAGACUACACAUGGCAAAACAAUAUUCAAAUAUGUCAAAUUCUAAUAAUAAUCCUAAAGAUCCAUUCAAUUUUGAAGAAUGAUUAGUAGGAUUAGUAGAUGGUGAUGGUACUUUUAAUGUAUAUGUAUAUCCUGAUAAAAAUAAAGGUACAUUUACAUUUAAAAUAUCAUUAUCUAAAUAUAAUGCUCAAAUGUUAUAUUAUAUAAAAACUAAAUUAGGUGUUGGUAGUGUAACUAUUACAUCUAAUAAUAGUUUAGAUAAAAAUAUGAUAACUUUUAGAAUUAGAAAUACUAAACAUCUAAAAGAUAUUAUAUUCCCUAUUUUUGAUAAAUAUCCUUUAUUAACAAUAAAAAGAUAUAAAUAUCUUAUAUUUAAAGAAUGUGUAUUAUUAUCUUUAAAUUCGACUUUAACACAAGAAGAAAAAUAUAGACAAAUAAGACAAAUAUAUAAAAAUAAACAAUCAGAAGAUUAUAUAUCAGAUGCUUGAAAAGGUUUAACUAUAGAAGAUCUUAAUAAAGAUAAAACAUUAGUUAAAAAUAUCAUGUCUAAAGCAUGAUUAGCAGGAUUUAUAGAUGCUGAAGGUUGUUUUACUUAUGUUAAAAAAGAUUCAACUAGGAAUUACACAUUGUUUUGCUAUUACUCAAAAAUAUGAUCAAAUAGUAUUAUAUGGUAUAAAAUAUUUAUUAAAAAUAAAUGCAAAUGUAAUAUGAAACAAAAAAGGUUUCUAUUCAUUAAAUACAACUAA